CCGCCCCUGGCUGCUCCCCUCCCGUGAGAGUGUGCAGGGUGGGGUUUGCAGCGGUGCCAGCGAGCAGCUGUCAGGGGUGAUGCAGCCUGUGUGGGAGGGAAUACCCCCGGCUCCAGCAUGAGGACUGUGUGAAAGAUGUGUGAGCAGGCAGCGCGCUAUUGCAGGGAGAGCGUCCACAAGAUCCUCCACAAACAGCAGCCGCAGAUCAGGGGACUGGACGGGCUGCUCCGCUGGAUAGUCACCAAGAUGAGCGACAAGAGCAUCCUCUCCGACAGGGAGCUCCUGCAGGAGGGGCCGGCAGCCGCCGGCCAGGUUCUUCCCCCGGGGCAGCGGAAAGGCACCUCGGUGAUCCUGGAUAUUUUCAGACGUGCUGACAAAAACGACGAUGGGAAGUUGUCCUUGGAGGAGUUCCAGGCUUUUUUUUCAGACGGGACUCUUAAUGAAGAAGAACUUGAACAGCUCUUUCGUACCAUUGACUCAGACAACACCAGCAAUGUGGAUACAAAGGAGUUGUGUGAUUAUUUUGCUGAUCAUAUGGGAGACUAUGAAGAUGUUUUGGCUUCGCUGGAGACCCUUAACCUCUCCAUUCUGAAAGCCAUGGACUACACCAAGCGGGUGUAUGAGAGCGGGACCAACGUGGACCAGUUUGUGACCCGUUUCCUACUGAAGGAGACUGCAAACCAGAUCCAGUCUCUGCUGAGCUCUGUGGAGAGUGCUGUUGAUGCCAUUGAUGAACAAACCAAUCAGAUCAGAGGCUACCACAGUAAAUCUGGCCAUGGUGUAAUGGAUACCUGGUAUGACAACCCUGUGCCUAGUUAUUCCCCCAAUAACAGAAUCGUGACCAAGGAGCACAGGAAAAGCUUCCAGACUGGUUCCUCAGAAACCAAGGAAGAAGGGCUGGAAGCUCAGAUUAACAGAUUAGCUGAACUGAUUGGAAGAUUGGAAAAUAAGACUCUCUGGUUUGACCUGCACCAGAGACUGUCAGACAGCGAAAGCACAGCUUGCACAUAUCUCUUUUUGGUGCGGAAUGAGAUGACAGUUUCCCAGAAGCACCUGGGGGAAUUCUGUAGCUCCCUUAAGCAGUACCUGAAGCAUGUGGCAGGACAGAGGGACUGUUUCCAUGUAACUGCAGUGAGGCUCCCGGAUGGAGUCACUUUCAUCGUCUAUGAGUUCUGGGAGACUGAGGAGGACUGGAAGAGACACCUGCAGAGUGCUCCCUGUAAAGGGUUCCAGCAUGUUAAAGUGGACACACUGACUCAGCCUGAAGCAGUUUCCAGUGUGUCUGUGCCAGCUGCCUGGUGCACUCUGAACAGAGAUUGAGUCCUCGGCCGGCACGGAGUCAAGCAGCAAGGUGAUCCGUUGCACUUCCAGGCUCUCUUGCCUUUUCUGUCCAGUGAAUUCUCUCCCCCUUUGCAGAGGACUAAACUCCUGUCUUUUCUAAUGCCUUUGGUACAGGUGAUGUCUUUUGAGUUCACUACUAACCAAGAAUGUCAGCAAUGUAUUUGCUAGGUGUUUGAAGUGAAGGAAAAAACAUAACCACCCCACCCACUGUCAUAGCUCCUAAACGCUCCCCUUAAAGCUUGGGAUGGAGCAGAGUCUGCCAGUCUCCUGCCCCCAACAGCCCCAUUGCAGGGAUUCAUGGGUUUAGUCUUGGCUCUGUCCCAGACUUGCUCUGUGACAGUGGGCAAGUUGCUUAUCCUUCCUGUGCCUCAGUAAAGUGAGGCUGAUAGAACAGUUUGGCCAGAAUGGUCAAAUCCUGCCUGCCAGCACGUAGGGCCUGAUAGUGACAGGCUCAUACUCGAGCCCCAUCUCAUGUCGGAUGCUGUCUGAGAGGGGCCAGCAGCAGGUCACCUCCCUUAAGGAGUCUAAAUAUCAGCGCUGGUGUUAGUUUCUUUGUCCAGUAGUUUUGAAAGAAAAUAAUUUAUAGCAGGGGCAGGACUACGCUGUAAGAGUUCUCCCUGAGGUUUCACUGGUUCACCGCUGCAUAGCAUAACAGGCCUUACUCUUAGAGAGAAGGAGACAUUCUGCCACUGCCUUAGAACUAGAUACAAAGGGGUCACCUUUUUAAUUUGUUCAUCAGGUUUCUCCUUUAUAGGCUGCUGAAAAGAACCACUUGCCUUUCUCCUUCCCUCCCCAGUCCUACCUCUUGAUUCCAUAAUUAGUUUCCUUCACAUUAACACCAAUGCAUGCUAAAUAAGCCUUGAUGUACUAGAGAUGCCUUCUGGCUGUAGAAAGUAGCAAUCUGUUCCUUUACUAAGUUUGGUGCAUUUUGUAUUUGUUUCUAAUAGGGACAGAAGCAGGGGAGACUAGUUUUUGGGAUGCAGGCUUGCUUAUUUCUUCACUUUGACUGUAACAUUUGAUAUUAUUCUAGCUGUAUGUUUGAUAUCAUCGGGCUCUAAACCCAUCGUACACUGUAGGAAAUUUAAUAUUAGGAUAUGUACAGUUAGAUAAUACAGAGACCAAAUAAAAUGUAAGUGGGAAA